UGAGACAAACAAAAAUUGUUAGGUUAGUUUAUUCCGACGUUUUGUUCAGCGGGAAUUGCUUUAUUUAAUUUUAUUAACAAAUGGUUCUUUUAUAUCCAUCAAAAUUGUUUGUUGUAUGAUGGCAAGAAAAUGUUACGUUGCAACAUGUUCAAAUACUUAUGAAAAGACGAGGAAUUUAUGCGUGAUCGACGAAAAAAGUUGCACUCUUACUGUGAUUACCUAUCAUUCAUUUCCAAAGGAGCCUCACUUGAGGAGAAAAUGGAUUGAGGCUACUGGAAGAACGGAUUGGGAACCCACUAAUGCGAGUUUCAUUUGUUCUGAACAUUUCAGAGAAUCUGACUAUGAAACGUUGCGACAAAUUCACCCAGAAAACGAUGAAAAUCCAACCCAGUUGAAACGUGUAUUGAAAAAAACUGCAGUUCCCACACAGCAGUUGGGCAGAAGGUUGAAAUUAGAACAAUUACCAGAAUAUUCAAAUGAAAAUAAUGUGGAUGUUUCAUCUAUCACAAGAGAAUCAUCAAAAAUAUCGCCCAGUCGAAAGCAAGGCUUGUUUCGAAGUGAGAAAAAUUUAGAUUUAAGUAUAGUUAAAGAUGAACCAUGCUCACCAGGAGAAUUUCAUUGUGAACUAAACAAUGCACCUUUUGUUAUUACUUCUACCGUUACUGUCAAGGAAGAAAAUGAACUUGGUGAUAGACACAAUGGUAUUAUAGAAUCUUCAGUGGAAUGCUUGGGUAGGAAUAAUAUAGAAUAUAGAAAUGAAUACAGUCCAGAUUAUAUUCGCCCAAAACGGCAAAAACACCAAGAUAGUUUAAUAGCACCUGAAGAUAUAAAAGUUGAAAGGUGUUCCUCCCCAUUUAAUUUUAAUUUAGAUUGUAAUCUAUCCAUUGAGGAAAAAUAUGAACGUCUUCUCGAUGAAUUCUUGAAAUUAAGAAGAGACUAUGACUUACUGAAAUUCAAAUACGAGAGGCAGUGUGAUGCAAUAAGUAAAUGUGAGCAGAUACUCAGUGAGUGUAGAUAAAAUAGACUGAAGAAAAAAUGAAACUCAUUGUUUCUCAGCAUGAAAUUUACUAUUUAAAUUGUGUACAAUUUGAGGACUCAAAAUUUUUAAAUAUUAUUUAUUAUAUUUCUUUCUACCCCUUUGAAGUGGAAAUUGUAAUUAAUUUUUAACUUUUUCGUUGUUUUAUAUUUAUAAAUAAUAGAAUAUUUCAACAUGGA